CUGUUAAUGACUUUCCAUUCCUUCCUCUCCGCCUGCCUCCAAAAUUUCAAAAUUGCUUUCCCAGUUUCGACCUCUCCGCCAUUCUUCUCCUCCUUCAAGUUUCAUCCUCUCUCUCUCUGUCUCUCUAAUCAAUCCUGACAUCAAUGAGCGAUCUUAAACCCUAACGUCCCUCUCGUCUCGAGCUCCAGUCAUUGACUGGUGUAUAUAUGCCGUUCGACUGGUGAACUCACGACACUUGGGAAAAUGGCGACGUCGGCGUUCAGGUCCACGACGAAGAGGACACCGAUCGGGGCUUCCUCGGCCUCCACCGACGGCUCCGCUUCCUCUAAUCGGAGUUCAGCUCACCGCCGGUCGCGGAGCGUGAGCCGCUUCUCCCACCGGCUGGCGGAACCAGAGGAUUCAUUCGGCAACGAUAAACCGGCUCCCAGAGGACGGUUCGUGAACACCACGCGAGGAUCGGGGUUGCCGGAGAUCAGCCUCGAUGAUCUCGCUAUUGAGUUCUUCGGUUCCGAAGAUCGAGGUCGGUCGAGCUUGCGGAACACUGACGUCAGCCCUAAGAAAGGGGAAACUGCUUCGCAGAGGCGGGGGAGGUCGGUUUCCAGGCAAAGGUCGAGAGUUGGUGGUGGUAAGGGUAAUGUGUUUGAGGGUUCUGGUGCGGGAAGGGUGGCUGCGGAAAGUAAUUCACGGCGGAGGAGGUCGGUUUCGGUGGUCCGCUGCCAGAUUAGCGAUUCCGAGAGUGAUGUGGACAAUUCUCGCAGUUCUCUUGGUUAUCCUAAUAACAAGAUUGUGGGUAAUGGAAACAAGCAAAAGCUGCCAUCACAGAAACCCUCAGCUUCAAGCAACAGACAAGCACUGAGAAGGUCUUCGAGCCAAAAGGAUCUCAAGUCCUAUGAUGGUUAUUCUAGCCAUUCAUCUGCACUGACCGAUGACGAAGCGAAGGAUGCUUAUUUUGGGAAAAACGGAAGUGAGAGAACAAUACGAGCAGUUUAUGCCCUGAAGACUGCCAACCACCCAACUGGAGGGGAUGUUAACACUGGGUUGUGCGAAGCAAUGCGUCAAGAAUUCAGACAUGCUAUGGAAGAGAUCAAGAUGGAAAUCGAACAGGUUGUGUUGAGAAGUAAGCCUUCUGUUGGAGCGCACGACAAUUAUUUAGCUUUAGAAAAUUCUGAUGUUCGUCAGGCUGUCUCCACCAUAAGAAGAAACUACGCAACAAAGCUAGAACAGUCAGAGAAGCGUAAAAAGGAUUUAUUAGCUGAAAUUAUGUUGGAAGAGCAGCGUGGGAAAGAGCUCAGUCAGAUUGUAAAUGAAUUACCUCCUGAUGCAAAAUCCCCUGUACUGGAUAAACCGUCGCGAAACAGAAAGAGUAGUAAUGACAAAAGCAGGACGUCUAAUCAUCUGGCUGACGAGGCCGAGAAAUAUAUCCAGGAGUUCCUUUCCAAUGUGGAAGAUACAGAUAUAUCAUCGUUAGAUGGAGAAAGAAGUGAUACAAGCUCAACUUUAGGAGGGACAACUAAGCUAGAUACUUUUCAGAAUCUUGCAAAAUCCAUGCCUCUUCCCAUUGAAAUGGACGGGGUUGUAUUGCCAUGGUUACAAUGGGAAACCAGCAAUGACGUCUCUCCACUAUCGAGCAAGAAAAAGAUGCAGUCGCCAAUGGCUUCAAGAGGUGGAAUGUUGGAUGCAGCUCAGGAAGUCAAUAUUGCACGGGACCCGAGCUAUUUUUCCUCCAGCAGUCAUGGUAGUUGGAGUCCAGUAAUCGUAGAUAGCCCUGUAGUGGUGGUCGGAGAAUCCACUGGCAGUCAAUCAGGAGAAUCUAGAAGAUAUAGUGGUAAAUAUCACUCAGGCUGCGAGUUUGACCUGGAUAAGUACCUGAAAUUUUCAAAUGACGAAGAUUUUCUGGUAGAAAGGUGGAGACAAAAACAGAGAAUCGAUUCAGGAGGUCUGCUUCUCUGUCACCAAACAUUUUUUUGACCAUCCACUUGUUAAGGACUCUUCCUUUCUAUCAAUUUUAUAUGCUGCAUCUCUGUAUAGACAAUCUGGACGUAUAAAUUGUCUAAGUGUUGUCAGAAUAAAACUUCACUUACCUAGUUAUUCUUCCAAAA